AUGGGAGAGUUUUUCAGUCUGUUGGUCCGACAGAGAGGUGUGUUCAGUUUCUGCUUGUUGCGAGUGUUUCGACCAGAUAUUUCCCCCCUCGACCUCGGGAGCCAGUCUCUGAAUGUAGACUCCAUCAGCGUCCGCGCAAACUUCAGGCACAACUGCUCCCUUCUGUCCACCAGUGAUGAAGGGUGCCACGGGACAACUUUGACGGUGGGAGGGACCAUCGUAGUCCCAUUGUCCGACUACCGCCCGCCUCAAGCCGGGCAGCCCCCGGUCAAAAAGGUGUCGGUCCGCCAACGUCUGCCGCUUCAGAGGGUGCCUGGAGCUCAGUGUCCAACACGAAAAGCAGACGGAAACUCAGUACCCAACAGACAAAGUAUUGUAAAGAAAUCAUCCAUCUUGCGCCUGGCAAGCUGGAAUGUCAGGACAAUGUGUCCUGGCCUCUCUGAUGAUCUACAACAGAUCGAUGACUCCAGGAAGACAGCAAUCAUCAACCGCGAGCUGAUGAGGCUCAACAUUGACAUUGCUGCCCUACAGGAGACCAGACUUCCAUCAAACGGUAGCCUCAGAGAAGAGGACUACACCUUCUUCUGGCAAGGGAACGAACCAGAGGAACCCCGCAUGCAUGGCGUAGGAUUCGCAGUAAGAAACUCUCUACUGUCCUCAGUGGAACCGUCGCCAGAGGGAACAUCCCGAAUCCUCUCCCUUCGCCUCUCCACUUCUUCCGGUCCAGUCAACAUCCUGAGCAUCUAUGCUCCUACACUGAGCUCUGCGACUGAGACCAAGGAUGAGUUCUACGAGAAGCUCGAGACAACCAUCAGUGGGAUCCCAGCCACAGAGCAACUUUACCUGCUUGGAGACUUCAAUGCUCGAGUCGGAGCCGACCAAGAAUCCUGGCCUCGCAGCAUUGGCCACUUUGGCAUUGGCAAACUCAACGAAAAUGGCCAGAGACUUCUUGAGAUAUCGUUCCUACCACGACCUCUCUAUCACAGCGCUGAUUGCGACACCGACCACUCGCUGGUUGGUAGCAAGGUGCGACUUCAGCCCAGACGGAUCUACCGUUCCAAGCAGAAAGGACGCCCACGUAUCAACACAGCUAGGACAGUACUGCCAGAUCUGUGUCAGCGCUUCGACGACUCCGUAGAAGAAGCCCUCCGUGACUGCCCUACACGCAGCGCUGUAGAGAGAUGGAACUACAUUCGCGACGCCAUCUACACCUCUGCCAUGGGCACCUUCGGAAAGAGAGAGAGGCACAACCCAGACUGGUUUGAAGCUGGAAUUGCAAAACUCGAACCGGUAAUCACAGCUAAAAGAAAAGCACUACUUGACCACAAGAGGAAGCCUUCAGAGAAGACUCUUGCUGCCCUUAGGAAGGCUAGGAACGACGCUCAGCGGAUAGCUCGGCGCAGUGCCAACGACUACUGGCUAAACCUUUGUGAAGGCAUCCAGCUCUCUGCUGACUGUGGAAACAUUCGUGCAAUGUACGACGGCAUGAAGAAAGCGUUUGGUCCCAGCAUCACUAAGACUGCACCUCUGAAAACAGCCUCUGGCGACAUCAUCACAGACAGAGGAAAGCAGAUGGAGAGAUGGGCUGAACACUAUCAAGAGCUCUAUUCAAGAGAGAACGUCGUCAGCGCAGCGGCCGUUGAGAACACAGACACCCUACCACUUAUGGAGGAGCUAGACAACGCGCCCACCAUUGACGAACUUAGAAAGGCCAUUAACUCCCUGGCCAGCGGGAAAGCUCCUGGUAGUGAUGGGAUUCCCCCAGAGGUCGUCAAAGCAGGCAAGAACACUGCCCUACAUAACCACCUGCACGAGCUCCUACUCCAAUGCUGGGAGGAAGGAGCUGUCCCGCAAGACAUGCGCAACGCUAGCAUCAUUACGCUCUACAAGAACAAGGGAGACCGCAGCGAUUGCAAUAACUACCGAGGAAUAUCACUUCUCAGUAUUGUUGGGAAAGCCUUCGCUCGAGUAGUACUCAACCGGUUGCAGAAACUUGCAGAGCGAGUCUACCCCGAGGCACAAUGCGGCUUCAGAGCCGAAAGAUCAACCAUUGACAUGGUCUUCUCGCUACGGCAGCUGCAGGAAAAGUGCCGAGAACAGAGGCGCCCGCUGUACGUGGCCUUUAUUGACUUGACGAAAGCUUUCGACUUGGUCAGUAGACAAGGCCUCUUCACCCUGCUACAAAGGAUUGGUUGUCCCCCUAAGCUCCUGAGGAUGAUCUCGUCUUUCCACGAAGACAUGUAUGGCACCGUCCAGUACGAUGGUUCAUCCUCGGAUCCCUUCCCAAUCAAAAGCGGUGUGAAACAAGGAUGCGUACUAGCUCCGACACUCUUCGGCAUCUUUUUCUCCCUCCUGCUGACCUUUGCUUUUCAUCGGUCAGAAGACGGAGUGUACCUGCACACCAGAAGUGACGGAAGGCUCUUCAACCUCGCACGUCUCCGAGCAAAAACUAAGGUUCGCAAGGUCCUGAUUAGAGAGAUGCUGUUCGCCGACGACGCCGCCUUGACUGCGCACACAGAGCCAGCCUUGCAGCGACUCAUGGACCGCUUCUCUCAUGCGUGUAACGAGUUCGCUCUCACCAUCAGCAUCAAGAAGACCCAAGUCAUGGUCCAGGAUGUUUGCAGCAUCCCUAGAAUCUCCAUCGAUGACCACAUCCUUGAGGUGGUAGGCACGUUCACCUAUCUGGGUUCCACCAUCUCCAACAACCUGUCCCUGGAGGCAGAGUUAAACAAACGCAUCGGCAAAGCAGCAACAGUUAUGGCUCGCCUUGGGAAACGCGUUUGGGACAACGCAAUGCUGACCACCAACACCAAGCUAGUGGUAUACAAGGCUUGCAUACUCAGCACGCUCUUGUAUGGCAGCGAAGCCUGGACACUGUACUCCCACCAAGAACGUCGACUCAAUGCCUUCCACAUGCGCUGCCUCAGAAGAAUCCUGGGCAUCAGUUGGCAGGAUCGUGUCCCGAACAAGGACGUCCUGGCACAGGCCGGAAUGACCAGCAUGUACGCCUUGCUCAGCCAGAGGCGUCUGAGAUGGCUCGGUCAUGUUAGCCGAAUGGACGAUGGCCGAAUACCGAAGGACGUGCUGUACGGAGAACUAGCAACCGGUGCCAGACCUGCGGGGAGGCCCGUCCUCCGCUACAAAGACGUCCUCAAGCGUGACAUGAAGGCAGGAGGGAUCGACCAAACAAGUUGGGAGACAGUGGCAGCCGACCGCAGCAGAUGGAGGCAAGCCGUGAAGACAGGCGUCAAAACCAGUGAGAAGAGGAGAGAAGAACAGUGGGAGGAGAGAAGACAGCGUAGACGACAGAGACCAGCACAAACCUGCACACAACCAGACGUUUUCACCUGUGUCAACUGCGGCAAAGUAUGCCGCUCCAGGAUCGGCCUCUACAGCCAUAGCAGGCGAUGCAUGAAGACAUCCUGA